AUGAUUCAUCAAUUUGAAGAACAUGGAAUUGAUGUGUACGGUAAUAAGUAUGCGUUCAAAGGUCAAUUAUGUGCCUUGUUGGAACAGACUGCCACCAAGAAGAGAAAAUGUGCUGCUACUGAAUGGAUUAUCAUGAUUGUCAUUUGUGGAACUGUUUGGAUCAUGUUGACAUUGGUUGCAUUAUUCCAAUCCCAAACAAGUAAUCGAAAGACUUUCACCUUAUUGAAAGCAAGUGGAAUUGGAUCUAUUCUUGUGAAUGCUUGGAAACAUAUGAUUGAAGUACCAACCACUGGUUGGACAUAUAAUUCAGGACUUGUCACUGGUGUUACCAUGUUUUUGCCAUUGGCUUUGUUUUUAAUGUAUUUGGAAAUUAAGGAAAAUGGUGGAUUCAAAAACGUGAGCUAUGUGUUGAAUGUGAUUUUUUGGAGUGUGGUCAUGGGAUUCAUUUCACAUGCCGUUCUAAUUGGUUCAUUGGUCAUGGCCAUGAAAGGAUCUUUCCAACACUUGAAUGAAGAAGCAAUUUUGACAUGGAUUCAAUUGUUGAAUGGAGUCAUUCCUUGGUUGUUGACUUGGCUCGGAGGUGUCAUAUUGAGACCCUCUGGAAAAGAGGAAAAGGAAUUGCACAAGAACAAGUAA